ACAACGGCAACAUUGACCUUCACGAACCUUCCUUGAAAAACACCUUCAAUGGUGGCUCCCAUUGCCUUUCUCUCUCUUUUCCCAUCUUUCUCCCUUCAACAUCCCUUCUCCCCUCGCUCAUCCAUCUCUCACCAUGGAUUCUCCAACCCAAGCAGUCCUCGCCGCAAUUGUAAGCUUCUUCGUGUUGACGGUAUUCUUGGCUUCUGUAAUUCUCCUCUGCAAGCAGAAGAAAUCAUCGACCCACCGCCCCCAGACACGUUCAACCGCUCGGACCCGCCCAGCCCCUAACCCUCCAGAGCUCAACUCCAUCUCGGUAUUUGAUAGCGCCAGCUUUGAUCGGUCUCUCAACCAGCUCUCCAUGGUCGAACUCACCGUCGCCACCAAGAACUUCUCAUCGGAUCUCAUAGUUGGCGAUGGCAGCUUCGGCCUCGUCUAUAAGGCCACUCUCUCCAACGGCGACACCGUCGCUAUCAAGAAACUCGACCCAGAUGCCUUCCAGGGCUUCCGAGAAUUCCGGGCCGAAAUGGAAACUCUCAGCAAGCUCCGCCACCCGAACAUCGUGAAGAUUCUGGGGUUCUGUUCGGCCGGUGAUGAUCGGAUUCUUAUUUACGAGUUUCUCCAAAAGGGUAGUUUGGACCAAUGGCUACACGACACGUCAUCCCGAGAAGAGCACGGCCGGUUGGUCUGCCGGUCGCCAUUAUCAUGGGAAACGAAGAUCAAGAUAGUCAAGGGAAUAGCCAAUGGUCUGGCUUAUUUACAUGGGCUGGACACGCCCAUCAUCCACAGAGAUAUCAAGGCCAGCAAUGUCUUACUGGACUCAAACUUUGAUGCCCAUAUUGCUGACUUUGGGCUUGCAAGGAGGGUGAAGGCGGCCCACACACACGUCUCAACUCAAGUCGCCGGGACAAUGGGCUACAUGCCACCGGAGUACCGGGAAGGGAAUACGGCGGCGACGGUGAUGGCAGAUUGCUACAGUUUUGGGAUCCUGAUGAUUGAGAUUGCCACGCAAAGGCGGCCCAACUGGCCCGUGAUGCUAGAUGGAGUGGAGGUAGGAUUAGUCCAAUGGGCUAGAAACAUGGUGGCCCAAAAUCGGGAAAUGGAAAUGUUUGGAGCAAAUAUUUGCAAGGAAGGAUUGGUGUUAGAGACUGUGAAAGAGUAUUUUAGAAUAGCUAAUAUGUGUACCAAUGAGGCCUCAAGAGAAAGACCCGCAAUGAGUAAGGUUGUUGAGUUGUUGAAUGGUAUUUCUAUCUGAAUAUGAAGAUUCUCUACUCUCCUUAUCUUUUACUUUUACUUUUUCUUUUUUUUUUUCUUUUUUUUUUUCUCAAAAAGUCUUGAUCAAGGAAGUGAGGUAUACAUAAAAAAAUUCCGAAAGAGAUGCAAAUAAUUACAGAUCUAAUUA